UUGAAAUCAUCUCUACAAACGUACUCCCUGACAUCAGGAACAUACGCGCCCAGUCCCCGACUUUCUGAUACAUCUGCUAAAUCACACUGCUGAACUCUCCAACACGCACAGCUCAGCAUUAAGCUCAGUCAUGGCAGAUAAAAAAGCCCCCAGCAAAGCAGGUAUGGUAAAAAAGAAAGAAAAGAAAGUGGAGACUAAACCUGCUGAAAAGGAAAAGGAGAAAAAACCAGAGGCCAAGGCUGAGAAAGAGAAAGAGAAAGAGAAGGAUGAGAAGAUGAAAAAGAAGCCAGAGAAGGCCCCAGAAAAGCCAAAAGAAGAGGACAAGACGCCAAAUGGAAACGGGGAGACAGCCGAAGGAGCACAGGGGGGCACCGAGGAUGGAGAAUUCCAGUUUGAGCCUAUAGAGCUACCUCCAUUUGAGAUCAUCAUUGGAGAUCGACUCAACCCCACUUUCUUCAAGUUCCAGUUCAAAAACGUGGAGUACUCUUGUGGCCGCAACAAGACCUUCCUAUGCUACCAGGUGGACAUACAGAGUAGCUCAGGAGAACCUGAUGGUCUCCGGGGUUACCUAGAGGAUGAGCAUUCUGGCACUCAUGCUGAGGAGGCAUUCUUCCUACAGGUGCUGCCCCAGUAUGACAAAUCACUGAACUACACGGUCACCUGGUACACGUCAUCCAGCCCCUGUGCUGCAUGUGCUGCUAAGCUGGUAGAGAUAUUGAGAGUCCGCAAGACACUACGCCUCAACAUCCACUGCUCCCGUCUCUUCCUGUGGGAAGAACCCGAGGUGCAGGUGGGGCUAAAGGCUCUGGCACAAGCAGGGUGCAAACUAAGGAUGAUGAGGCCUGUGGACUUCACCUAUGUUUGGUCCACUUUUGUAGAGAACGAGGAAGACAACUUUACACUCUGGGAGGACUGUCAAGAAAGCUACGAGUACUAUGAUGAGAAGCUCACUAGCAUUCUGCAAUAGGGAUUUGUCACAAAGGACACUCUCCUCUAAUGGUACAAUCUUUCAUUUAAUUAUAGUAAAACUGUUUUUAUUUCUGUGCAUUAUUCUAUUUCUCACUAAUGCCUGAAAUACA